UUGUCUUCGCUGCCAUUCGCCAUUUCGUUCCAAUCGUACGUAGCGAAAAUACCGAAUCUAGGAACAUACACAACAGGUGCGACUGGGACAGCUUCAGGGGUGCCGAAUCCAUUUACUAAGACGGGGACGUGCCAGUCUAUCGGACACGCCAUGGAGUGCGGAGGGCUACCAUCUGGUGGCGGCAAUGAAUUUGGAAAAGCGUUUCAUCAAGCAGCACCAGCCACACGGUGGGCUGACAUAUGCAACGAUGACAGCGACGAGGAUGGUUUUACAAACGGCGCUGAGUUGGGAGACCCACAAUGUAUAUGGACAGAAGGAGGCACACCUACGUCUACGUCAGGCCUCAGCCAUCCUGGUAUGAAUUGCUCCAUUCCAACAGAUCCCUUUUGUCGAAACACUGGCAACACACCAGCACCAAUAAGCAUACCGUCAGAGUCUCCAACAUCUAAUAGCACCGCUACCAGCAACACUACCGGCAACACCACCGGCGAUAAUGGCAGCGGCCAGCUGGCUCUUGCCGCCACACACAGCCUCGCCUGGCUUCCACCAUUGAUCCUGGCGGCCAUCUUCUUGAUGUAAAGACCCGCAGCUGGUGGCUGCUGCAUCCGGCCAUCGCCACAGGGUUCGCGGUUGUCAUGGUGAUUGUGGUCACGUGACGGCAAGUUGCUGUGACACACAGUUGGCGUGACAACCGCAGCAUCUGAUGCCAUGAAAGGCACGCGCCACUAGGUGACUUCUAGCAUUGCAACUGACUAUACAUUUGUAUGAUGUACACCAGAUUUGACAGUUUUAACACUUAUGCCAGUACAUGUAUUGAACUUCUCUAUCUCCAGGCAGCUAAGUGGCCAGCCGUAAAUACUACUACCGUAAAUCCCGCCAGAGCG